UGAAAUCCGGGCCACCCUUAUUGACCACGUUAUAAACCAUCGCCUCACAAUGGCAGAGGCAGGUCGCCGAGUGCAGCCUAAUGUGCCUCGGUCUACAGUCUCCUCCAUCAUCCAAACCUUUCGCAGGGAAAACAGGAUUGGACGACAGCCUCAAGUGGGUGGCAGAAGAAAACUUCUAAAUGAACAACAAGAACGAGAAAUAUGCAACAUGGUCAUUGCAAAUAAUGCCAUCACACUGAGACAGAUUCGUAAUGCAAUCCUUCUAGACAAUGUAAUAUUCCAAAAUAUAAACUCUAUCAGCAUCUCCACAAUAGACCGGGUAUUGAAGAAACAUCAGAUGACCAUGAAACAGAUUUACAGGGUACCAUUUGAGAGAAACUCUGACAGAGUGAAAGAGCUGCGGUACCAGUAUGUGCAUAGAAUAAUGGCAUUAGAAGGCAACGAAACCCCUCACAUCCUAGUGUUCGUUGAUGAAGCUGGCUUCAACCUGGCCAAAGGUCGAAGGCGUGGCCGUAACAUCAUUGGCCACCGAGCCACUGUGGAUGUCCCAGGCCAGCGAGGAGCAAAUAUAACAAUGUGUGCCGCUAUAUCAGAAAGAGGUGUGGCCACACACAUUCCCAGUUUAGGGCCCUACAAUACACAAAAGCUCCUCAAUUUUUGGACCACCUUUAUACUGAUCUGA